UCAGUUCACUGCACGUUACGUAGUCCGAACUGUGUCGUGAAGUUAAUCGAAUAUCAACGAGGUUAUUCUCGAAUUACCUGAAAAGAUACGUUUGAAAUUUGAAUUGAAAACGAAAAUGAGGUUAAAUAAACGGAAAUAUUAAUGAAUCGUUUGAGAUAUCAAAGAUCAACAAGAAUAUGAUUCCGACUAGUUGAGAUUGUCUUUUUUAUGCGAUUACGAUUCUCACGCUAAAUCAUAAUAUCUCGGGUCGCAUUUUUGAGGAAAUUACCUCCAUACUCUAUAGUAUAUGUAACGUGAACUAUAGUUAUUGAGUAAGGCCGCGUUCCGUUUCACGCAUAUGCGCGCAUUUAUCUAUAGUUCGUGUCACGUAUAUUGUAGGCAAUGCGCGCAUAAUGCGUGAAACGGAACGCAACUUAAAAUUUUCCUCAAAAAAAAAUGUUUUGGAAUGCAACCUCGGUACAAAAGUCACUUUGCGGCUACUUACACGUCGGAAGUGACAAGUUUUGCGAAAUUAUUGAUAAAUCUUAAUAGAGAGACGCGUCAUUUGAAAGAAUAUAUACUCGUUAGAAAUUGUAUGGGAUGUCUUUUGCAGAUAUCGAUAGACGUUUUGUCGGCGAGUAGCGCGCGAACAUAACCUCCAAUGGCGAAGAAACCGUCGACGGUAAGCACGUCGUUGUGCGAGAAAACGAUAUGCCCUUCGCCGGAGGAACUGAGUGUGAUAGUCAACAGUGUUAAAUGCGAACAAUGUGGCCUUGUGUUUCGGAAUCAGCCGCGCUACCGGCUGCAUGAUCUCAAGGUGCAUCAGCGUAAAAACCUAGAUAAAACUGCGAAGGAGAACGUACGUUAUCACUGUCCGGUGCAAUCCUGUGUCUAUGCCAUCAAUUCUCAGCGAUAUUUUAGCACCAUGAAGUACUUGAAACAGCACUAUUUGAAAGUACAUGCAGAGAAGACUUAUACAUGCAAUCUCUGCAACAAAAGCUUCUCUACUGAAGCUGCCAAGGAGGGACAUAUGAGAGUCUGUGGUAUAGAAUUUACAUGCUCCUGCUUGAAAACUUAUACUACAUACGAAGCACUGCUCACACAUGCAAAGAGAUCCUUACAUACUAUAACAGAGAAAUACAAAGGUUCUUUGAGAUGUACCAACUCCAAGACAAUGCGAAUCAUCCUACCGACUGGAACGAUAAACAAGCCCGUGACGAUAUUGCCUAGUCUAGACAAAUCCGAUAAAAACAGCGAGAACGUUGGCACUAUAGCGAAAAGUACAUCAGACAUUGGCGUACAGACGGACGAUUACAAGAGAAACCGAAAGAUACUGAGUCCGCCCAAGUUCAAUAAUAACAAUCAUCCGCACUGCAACCCAAAACGUCGGAUAUCUAAGCAAACGCAGACCAACGAUUUUUACAAGGAGAAAAACAGUGGGAGAUCGAUGGAGACGCAAACCACGACGGAAAUGCAUAAGCGCGUGACGCGCGCCAGUCGUACGCUGUCGUCGAAACAGUCGGUGCAGCAUGCGCUGCUGAAGGAAGACCUCAAUCUCGGCAGUAACUUUGCGCCGGCCAACUUGUUCCCGGCGAGCCCGUUACCGCUUCGUCACGAUGUUGGACUGCAAGACUUUUGGGAGGAAAAGAGCACGUCGGGCACGCAGACGAUACCCGAGAAGGAUAUGUUUGAGACGUUCAACGACAGCGUCACGCAAACGGAAUUCGAGACGCUCUACGAGCAUAGUCGCAAUCCUCUCAUACAGUGCGUGCCGAAAAGCAGCGUGGCGCUGAUGACAUUGCCCUACGUCGAAGGCUACCCAUUUGUCUCCGCCGAGACCGGCAUAUCGUCCCAGGUGGAUCCUCUGUUGACCGGCGCCAAGACCACUGCGUUCGACGACAGAUUCAGUAGCAUAGAGACGCAGACCGAGCAGGCGUUCUCGCCGUCGUACUUUUAUUCCGAGUCUCUGUCGCGUUCUUUCACGUUAAGUUCCAACAUCGAGACGCAAACCACGGACAAUCUCGACAACAUGGAGCAACUGUUAUACAAUAACACGUGCACGCAGACCUGCAGCGAAAUGCUGUCUUCCGAUUUGGGACUGAUGUCCAACAUACAGACGCAGACCGCCUGGUCCCACGACGACACUACCGUCUCUACCGAGACGCAAACCAAGUCGCUGAUAUGCGAGGCCGGCUGUAAUAUUCCUAUGGGCGCCUGCAGAUCCUGGUUGAACACGCAGACCAGUCACACUGAAACACAAACGGAUCUGUUGAGUAUCUUUGAGGGAUUGCAAUAACACGUUCCGAUCGUUACUUA